AUGACCCUCCGUGCACAUCACUUCACCCAGGAAGACUUGGAUGCAUGGGGAUGGCCCACCUCAGGCGUAUUGGACCUGACUCUUCUCCGAGACCACACGGAGGACAAGCUCAGCGCAGUCAUUGGUACUCCCUUCGCGCCAGAGUCUAAUAAGGGCCCAGUUGAAGCGUGGAAAUGGACACACCAAAAGUUGCCAUUUGAGCACUUUGUCUAA